UACGUUCAGGAGACGGAGGCAUGGUACCAACCUUCUGCAGAAACGGAUGCCAGCAAUCUGAUAGUGGCUGUUGGGUGGAGACUUGGCCAGAGUCAUGGAGCCUGUGAUUUGACAGAGUUUCCAAGUAUGGAGGAAGGGCCGUUUACUCCCACAGAGAACUCUAGAAGACUGGAAGCACCAAACAUGACACACACUCCACUACUGGAAAUUCAGGACAGUCGCCUCUCUCCCAACCUCCCACUGCAGACGACAUACUCAACACAAGGCCGAACUUUCUUCAAUGAGACGCUCUUUCAGCAAACUGGAAUGGAUUUUGCUCCUUUGAAAGGGAUUCCAGAUGUUUCUGAAACUACUCCUGAGGAGACGUCAAGGUGUUUGCAGAUGAGUGAAGCUGUGCGGCUGGCCGCCACGGAAGUUGGCUCAGACUCUUCCAGUGACAGUUUUUUCCUGACCCAGCACCCUCUGGCUUUCAGUGCCAUGGCACCUAGCAAUACUAGCCUUGGUAGCUGCCUGUCCCAGCAUCCUCUGGCUUUCAGUGCCAUGGCACCUAGCAAUACUAGCCUUGGUAGCUGCCUGUCCCAGCAUCCUCUUUCGCUUUCUGGGCACAUACCUACGAAUCAACGGCAUUAUGAUGAAGAGCAAACACCUCAUCUUGAUAUGCGUGCUAAAAACUUGGGCUCCAAGGAUGAGAAUUCUGGAGUCUUCUAUUCGCAGAAGUUGCUAAACCAGCAGCCGGCAACACCUUUCCCUCCAAGGGAUUCUUGGGGAAUAGGUCAGGAUCUGUUCCUUUUGGACAGCAAUGUGCCAGCACCUCUCUUGCUUGAAAUGCUGGAGAAAGAGGUGGGGUUAUCGAAGCACUGUGGGUUCUUAUCUUCUGCAAGCUCUUCUUGCAAAAGUGUUUUGGGAAAGGAUGCAGACGAAAAUGAAAUGAGCCAACUAAUGGAGAAUGUAGUUCUGGUGGAGAAGGAGCCAGCAACAUGUGUAGAACCACAUCAACAAGAAGGAAGAAGCGUUCCUGAGCGUCAGUCAUUAAAGCUGCUUUCUGAUUCAGAGGGAAAGCCCUUUAAAAUUGCUAGUGACUCACAGGUGUUGGUGUCCUCCAAAGGACAUAGGAUGGGUUUGGAUGACUCUCGCAUUAUUACUGGGUUAUCUCCAAGACCUUUGCUGAACAAGCAGCAGAUGCAGCAGGUUUCUGAAACUAUAUUUGAAGAUCAAAAAAGAAAGAUUGUUUCAGCUCCAGCUGACUGUAAACUUAAUGCCCCUGCACCCCUCCAGCCAGUCAUUGAGGCUGCAGAACAUGGCGCUAAAUGCAGCGGGCAAGUGAACACUGUGGUGGAUAUCCAGACAGGAGCGAGCAAAAAUGAAAUAACACUUUCAGACUUCAGCAUAGAAAGAGAGCAUAAAGAUACUGGGAUUUCACCUUCCUUUAACGAAAGAUCAUUCAUUGGACAUCUGGCUCAUCCAAUUCAUCAUUCUACCCCAGGGAUUUUUACAACCAGAAGUUUGAAGCAGGAAGGUUCUGGCAAGCCAUUCCCAGUCAAAUCUGUUCCGCAGGCCUCUCUCUCUUGCUUUCGUGAGGAGAUUUUGAAGAAUUCUUGUGCCAGUACAUGCAUUCCUUCUGUGGAAGGGCCUCGUGUGCCUUCAGUGGAGGACACUCACGUACCUUCUGUUGAAGAGCCCGUUACACUCCAAAGUGGGCAAGAAGGAAAACUUGAAAAUAGUGAUGGUCUCCAAGUCCUACAUCCUCUUAAAGGUAGGAUUCAGUCUCUACCUUCUCUUAACUUUUUGGAGAAGGUAGGGGCGUGGAACAUGAGCCAAUCAGCUGAGAGGAUGUCUGAUGCGUUGGCUUUACAUGGCUCAAGUGGCAUUUCUCCCAGGCAGAAGGCCUACAGUGCUAUUGCAGAUUCCUUAAACCACAUUUUGUUACAGCAGCAGAACCAGAACGGUCUUACGACAGGGCUGGGGACAUCCUUUUGUGGGCCAAACUCCAUGCCUGGUGUGCACUCUUACAAUAAAAAAUCACCACGUGCUUUGCCACUUAGCAGGUCUCAAUCUGAAAACUCUGUGAUUGCAAUCAGCAGAGAGAUUUCAAGGGCUGAAGUAAGUCAUGAAGCAGGCAAGGAAGAUGAUCUUCAAGCAGCGAAAGAUGUGGGUAGUAUUUCAGGAGCUUCUGGAGUUAAGCAAAGUGCUGCUAAUAUAGAAGAUCCACUUAUCCAACAUUAUACAGCCGUUCUAGUCUCCACUGUGUCCAGCGAUGAGGAAAUGAUUGAAAGUGUUGGCAGAAGAAGGGGAUCAACUCCAGACCAGUUUAUUACCAGUGAAAGGGUUGCUGAACUCCUCAGGGAUGAAGCCAGCUCUUGCAGUGGUAGCCAAGAAAAGUCUGAUGGCUCUCAAGAUAAUACCAAAGAGUUGCCAGGCUUUCAUCUUUACACCAACCAGAUUGGUACGGACCAUUUUAGAGAUGUUUCACCAGAUAGCUUGAAUCAAAUACUUAGUUCUGGGGCAGGCAGCUGUGCCGAUUUGAGACUUUCUUCAAGACAAUCCUCAAGACGAUCUUCAGCCGUUUCUGGAAAGUUGCAUAGCAGUUUGGAAGAUGCGUUACAGACUCCAGAUGACAGAGAGAUAAAUAUAGAAGAGAGAAUACCAGUAUAUCUCCGUAACCUUGGCAUCGAUCAGUCACCUUCAUCUAUACUGACUCCGUUUAUACCCCGAGGGCCAAUCAGAGAAAUAGAAUUGUCUCCGACUGAACUCAGCACACUGAAGUCAUCCACUGAUUUGUUAACACAGCGCUUGCAGUUAUCAGAAGGAAACUCAUACUCUGUAAUAGUUGAUAUGCCGUCAAGCUUAAACUCUUCCACUCUUAGUCCGCGUGUUCCAGCGGGGUCAGAUACGGGCCCUGAUAGUCCAUUGCCUACAGAGCUCUCUCAACAGCCUUCCAGAGACCAUCUCACUCAGUGCAGCACUGUCUGCCAUCAGUUGGAGCUGCGUGCUCCCACACCACGUUCUGCAGAGGGCAGUUCUGAGUCUCCAGCUCCCACCUCAGUAGAACAGAGUCACGUAAUCCCAGCAGUUCCAUCCAACUUUCAUUUUGGUGAGGAACAAUCUACAAACAGCAUACAGAUAUUGAUAGGCGGGCUUGAUUCAAAGGAACGUGGUGGAAGUCAAGAGAAGCUGUCUUCUGGCUUGUUGUCUCAGGAAAAAGAUGAAAAGUGUAUAAGUGAGGGAACCAAUUCUUCAAGUAUAAUUCCUGAAGAAGAAAAAGAUGACUCCUUCAUAGGGUCCCAAACCCUGAAGGAGAUUCAAAAACUUCUUUCAGAGGCAGAAACUAGAACUCCAAGCAGAAACUUUAAAUCUGUCUCAUCCAUCUCCUCCACAGACAUGGACAGCUCAUUAAAACAAAUGAAAAAGAUGGAUGGCUCAGGAGAUUCUGGAUCGGUCAAGGGGAGCAGCCCGGGGGUUCAGAGAUUAUGGUCAUGGGAUGAGACACUGACCAGGCAAAAAAUUCACGAAGAUAAUACGCUCACCAAAACCGUUAGCUUCUCUGGUAGCUUAAAAUGGGAAGGCUUGCCGACUGUGGACUUUUGCAGCGAUGAGCUGAGGCCAACAUCCCAAGCAGCGAGUGAAGAACACAGGAUGGUGAAGCCUGUAAAGCGAUCAGAGCCUGAAGGUUGUAAUAGUGCAGUGGUAGAUAAAAAUGUGCCUGUUUUAGUAAACACUGCUGCAGACAGUGAAUUGUGCACCCCCAAAGACCUCAAAAAAAUCCAGGCCUCUUCUAGUGCCAAGCCCUUGGAUAGCAUCUCUAAUACUUUGGGAAACUUUCAGCAAGUUUUGGAGAAAACCAAGGAACCUAGCAGCAAAGAGGCAUGUAGCAGUCGUGGAAGUGAAAAUAGCAGCAGUGUGGACUCGCUGGGUAUCAAAGUGAAAAAUCUUCUGCAAUAUGAACAUCCUGCGAUACAUGGAACACGUUGCGUAGAGGAGAUGGAGCACGAUGGAUGUGUUCAGAAACCAGUCUCCGUUGGAGCCACAGUAGCUUACAGCAAAGUAGAUAUUAGUGCUCAAGUGAGUGAUAACAGUAGCAGCUUGGACUCUCUGGCUGCCCGUGUUAAAACUCUUCUGGAAGAUGAACGGCCUGUGAUGCAUGCAGCUCAGAUACUACAGAGUGCUGAGGAAGAAGAAGAAAAAGCACAUGCCUGGGUGAAACUGAAGCUGGCUGCUGCAGACACUGUGCCUGUCCUAAGUGAAGAAGACCGGCAGCUCAUAGAAGAGAUCAAGAGAGGGCAGCUUCUAAGUGUCAGGAAAGCUGGAAUUCCUAAGGAUCAGUUGUGGGGAAAAGGUUAUGAAGUAAUUUCUAGCCGCUGUCCAGUUCCAAAACCAGAUACAGGACUCUCAAAAAUUCCAAGCGCCAAUGAGCUGCAAAAGGGCACUCAGACACAAAAUUUCCAACUAGUUGAGUUUCCAGAGGUAAAUGCAUUUCAGGCUAGACCAGUAUCUGGAACUGACUGCGCCCUUCCAAGUGAUCCAGAGAUUAAGCCGUUGAACAGUGUCCAAGGUCAUAUCUGCAAUGAGCUUCAAACGCAGUCUGAUAAUCUCUUGCAUUCCAGACAAAAUGUUCGUGUCCCCCUGUGUAAUGCCACAGAUACUCAUCUGAUCGGGCUGACAGGGGCUUCUGAGUCACUUGUGGCAGGAGAAGUGAGUGUGUCGGCCCAGGCAAAGUUGAGUGUGGGCAACUCUCCUGCAGAAACUGCCAAGCAAAUUACUUCCAUCACUUUUGCAUCCCGUAAAAGAUCAUCUUCUCCUUCCCGUGCGCCCUGCAUUGGCAUUUCAGAAGCUGUUUCUUGUGAUCUAAUACUUUUGGAAACUCCAUCUAAAACCAGUGAAAAACUGGAGCCUAAAAAGCAACAGCUGGAAACUCAUAAACCCUAUGCUUCGGCAAGUCCAGCAGCCAUUCGUAGACCAGAUAAGAGUGUUGGAUUUUCUUCAGGCAGAGAUUACCAUCAGCAUGUGACCACAGUUGGCUGCAAGGAUGAAUCUCAUCAAGAAAAGGUCACUGCGUCAGUGGAGAAAUCCCAAACCACUUGUGUUGAGCAAACAGGCCACUUUAUUACGGAGAACCAUGACAAAAACCAGGCUUCUUCACAAAUUCUUACCAGACUGAGAAGAUAUGACAAGCCUUUAGGUGAUGUUUAUGAUAACAAAUCUAAUCCAGAAGGAAUGGUGACUGUCCAGCUCCGUUCCAUAGACCUGCCUCCACGAAAGACAGAAGAUACCGGCUUCCAAGAUGUCAUGGGAAGCUCUGUUUAUAUUCCUAAGCCACUUUUUCCUAACGGCCAAGAGAGUAUGUUGACCAAAGACAGUAAAUUUACUUCCGAUCCAUAUUUAUGUAGACUCGGAGACGUGGACACUGAGAGCAGCAGUCUGUUACCAUCUUUUCCCCCUCACCACAUUUUAACAGUCAUGCCAGUAUCUCCAGUACCAACCAGGAAAGCUCUCUCUGGUGUCCAUAUUACUCUAUCUCCAAUGCGUAUUGAUUUGGAUCUUCCAAGUCCAGUGGACACUACAUCCGAAAUGAGACAAAUUGAUGGGUCUAGGACCAGUCCUCAGCCAGCAACUUUAAAUGCUCCAACUCCUUUGUUAGAUGCUACUUCUAAAUUAAAACCCAUAGAAGUUUCCCCAAAGACUCAAGAUUCUUCAUACUUCCCUAGAGCACCAUCAUCAACAGAUUCUCACUUUGGACAUUCCCAAGUUCCAGUUGUAGCAAAACUAACCCCGCAUCAAAGUCAGGAGCCACUGGAAAGCAGGCAGAAUUUUCCAGUAACAAAUCAACGAAGCACUAGAGUUCUGGCUUCGGGUGCACAGUGCCUAGAAAAUAACUUAAAGACCACAGCUUCUUCUCAAACGGAAAGGAUGUCGUCAGAUGCCAUCACUCAAAUAACAAUGGAAAGCCCUGAAAAAACAACCUAUUCUGCAGAGAUUUUUGUUAGCGCUGACAAUGGUGAUAUAGAUGGUCUGAGAUCCCAUCAGAAGAGUCAUGAAAUCCGUAGUACCACGACUCCUGCUGUGGAACAGAUUCCCAUUUUGAAUCAACAGGCUGUGUCUGCAGGUACACCAUUGUUGCUACCAUAUAAACCACCUGGGAGUUCAGAGGUGUUCUACGCCCCUCGUCCAAAAGAAACGCUCAGACUCUCACGUGUCAGGUCAGAGACCACCGUGGAGAGCUCCCACUCAGGAUCAAAUGAUGCCAUUCCUCCAAAGUUUCCAACACAGGCGCUUGGCUCAAGGGAGGAGCAUCCUCCAGAUGCUAUAGCUAUCAAACACAGAGAUGGUAUCUAUAGUAAAAAGGCUACAUCCAAGGAGGUUUGGACAGAAGAAAAAGUGGGAACACAGAAAGGUGUUAAGGAAAGUGCCAAAAUCAGAAAUCCCUUGGAAUCUGUUAAAACGACUCAUUCAGUCUUCAGGUCUGCUCAGUUUUUCUUGCACCAUCCAGUGCCUCUGCAGCAUGAAAUUGACUUCCUUCCUGGGAGCGAGGCUUUGGAGCCGCAUGCAGUACAAGGGCGCCCACCGCCUUCUUCAAAGAACAUCUUCCAGUUCAAGGGAAUGCCAGGGAGAAGCCAGACUGCCACCUCAUUGCAUCAGCCAAAAGAGGAGGAGAGGUUUUCCCCACUGACUGCUGAACUAGAUUACAGAUUGGUUGAGGAAUUAAAACUCAAGAAGACUUUGGAGAGAGACUCGCCAAGAAAGGAACUAGUCCAACCUGAUGUGAGGAGGACCGGUCAUGAAGUAGCUAAAGAGCUGCUUCUUCCAAACAGCCAAAGGAUUCACUCAAAAGAGAAGCCAGAGGCUGAACUCCCAAUGAUGCAAAGUGCUUAUUUCACUAGUGGUUUGGAUGAACUCUGGGCUAAAUACUUAGAGCGUCAAAACCAGCAUCAGCAAUAUAAUCCUUGUAGUAGCAGCAGCAGAAAUGAGCUUUCUCUAGUAGAACGACUUGAUCGAUUGGCUAGACUCCUGCAAAACCCUGUGAGGCACUCUCUAGUGCCUGCCAAAGAUGAGCAGAGCAACGUCCAAGAGGAAUCAAGAGAGCAUGGGCCAAAGAAGAUCAGCACCCAAGGAAAAAUGCCGUACAAAAGUAACCUGGCGCCCCGUAGCACCAUUGGAAAGGUGGGAGAGAGCCCAGAUACAGCCAGAAAUGCACAGCAGUCAAAAUCCAGGCGUCAUAAAAUUGGACAUAGCACAGCUGUUGGCCACAUGGAUAGAAAUUUGGAGCAGCGCAAGAACUCUGAGGCCCUGAGUGACACCUCUUCAGAGGUGAGGCUUAUCAAAGAGUGUGGUGUGUUAACUGACAUUAGCUCUGAAUCAGAGGCAACUCUGCUAGAGACAGAAAGUGCCACUCGGACAGAGGCAAGUGGUUCUGUUUCCACUAUCGACACGGCCAGACUGAUCAGGGCUUUUGGGCAUGACAGAGUGCAGGUAUCUCCAAAACUGUCCCAGCUGUACAGCACCAUCAGCAUGCAGAAGAACCGCUCUGAGAAGGGGGCCAAGGGAAGCAGGAAAGGCAGGGCAACAGACUACCCAAAACCGGCUCGUAUGGAGCAAAAAAGAAAGGAUACUCAGGCGACCGACUCUUUCAUUUCAUCAGAUUCCUUUUCUACCAUCAGCAGUUCCCGAGGACCAAGCUCAGCUCUCAGUAACAAGCGGAGCACGCGCAUGUUAAACAAGGCCGUGCAGGCAGGAGAUUUUGAGAUAAUGAACAGUGCAACUAAGAAGCAUACUCGAGACGUUGGCCUGACUUUUCCCACCCCGACAUGCAGCAAGGCAAGGCUACGUGGAGACUCCGGGAGCGAAACGGAAGAGGAGUUGGCUCAGCCAGACGGGCUCGCUUUGGAAAGCAAGGGCAAGCAGCAGGGGCAGCCAAGCAGCUUUCUCUCAGGGAAAAGGCCAAGAAGGAAUAAGCCCCGGUGGCUGCAAGGAAUUUCCUGGUUUGUUCCGACGGAGGAUUUAAAAUCUUACUCUGAGAAACGGCACGGAUCCAGCUGUAUUCCUGAUCCUGGUCCCUCCUGGUUUGAACCAUUGCCCAGCAGAAAGCCGUGGCGAGAGCCGCUCCGGGAGAAGAACUGGCAAGAGGAUCACGGUGGCCUCCAGGUGCGUCUGGCGGCUCCAGCCAGAGACGUUGAAAAUAAGCCACCCUCACCUUUUGUGAAAAUGACUCUGCAGGAGGCUCUUGCACUGCGCCGUCCUGAUUUCAUUUCCAGCUCUGGGGAACGUGUGAAACGCCUGAAGCUAAUCAUAGAAGAAAGGAAACUACAGAACAUGCUCCAGGGAGAGAGAGAAGAGUUAUUUAAUCCUCCUGAAGAGAGGAGGAGUUACAGGAAUGCAAGCUGCGUCCUUUCUAACAGAGACUACCGGGCUAUACGGAGGAGGAGAACAAUUUCCAAGAAUGAAAUGGUUCAGCGAUCCAAGCGUAUUUAUGAGCAGCUGCCCGAGGUGCGAAAAAGAAGAGAAGAAGAGAAGAGACAAUCGGACUACUCUACCAAUCGUUUGAAAGCCCAGCUUUAUAAAACGAAAAUCACCAACCGCGUUUUGGGAAGAAAAGUACCUUGGGAAUGACUUUGAAAGCAGAGAAACAAAAAAAGCAACCUUCUGUUUCAAUAAAACCCAUCGCAUGUCGUGAAUUUUUCAGCACCUUCCUUGUGUGUGCCGAAAUUUGUGUGAAUAGACUACUUAGGCAGUUUUCCAAUUAUGCAAAAUAGGGUUCAUGAAUUUUAAUUAGCGUCAUGGGUGCCCUUCCCAGCUAAUGUAAUAUGACUAUUUCUCCAUUACAGUGAUCUCAUGAAGAUUUAUAAAAAGAAAA